AUGGAAAGACCGAUCAGUGGGUCCCAAGCAGCAACAAUAGCAACAACCACCGUCGAUAAACCUCCAUUGGCAACCACCACCAACAAUGCUGCUGCUGCUUCUGCAACACAUGCAGGCGAUUCCAUUAAAAACCUUAAACAAAAGUUCUCCGAAUUCAAGUUUUACUUGGAUAAUGUUGACGAACAAAGCAUGAAAAAGAUACGAGAUCGGUUAAAACUUCUCAACUCUUCUGCAGAACCAUUCUUUUCGAACAAAUGCACACACGUUAUCACGACCAAAUCCAUUCCUGGAAAAUUAACCGCCCUGGGUGAAAAUGGACGAACGGUGGACCCGAUUAUUAGCAACUCACUAAAGUGGGGCCUAAAAGUGUGGAGUCUCGAUUACAUGAACAAGCUAUUGCAAUCAUUGAUGACGGGACACAGUACUGGCCAUCGGGCAAACCGUAAAGGUAUCAACAAAUUGCUAGAGGACGAAAAGAGGUUUGGCGUAGGCACGAAUCAUGGUGGAUCAGCCAAUGCCCGCGACCCAACAAAACCCGCACGACCUGUAUUUGUACCUUUCGAAAAUUACUAUAUAUCUGUCGAGGAUAUGCGAGGGGUCCAUCGACCUGUUGCUGUCAAGCAGUACGACGUCAUAGGCUCGUGGCCAUAUAUUAAAGGCACACCAUCUGGCAAAUCACCUUUCAUCCGUACGCCAGGACGGCAUCCGCUACUUCCCACGCAGCAACAGCAACAGCAGCUAUUACAGCAACAACGUCAGCAACAACAACAACAACAACAACAACAACAGGCACCAAAAGCAGCAUCACAACCCAUCAACGAUCAGCAUCCAAAGGAGGACGACAAGGAAAACGGUCGUCCUUCAUCACAGCAAUUAUUAAAAACGCAUCAUCCAUCUUAUCCACAACAGUCACUACUACUACAACAACAACAACAACAGCAACCACCUUACCAACCACAUGCAUUUGCAAAACCGCUGGAGCCAUUCAAAGCAGCAGUGAUACCAAACAAUACAACAACCACAAUAACACCACCCAUGACACCCCAUGAUCCGCGCCUCUCUACCUUAUUUAACAACGCCAAUAUCCAUAAUAGUACCGCUGAUAUUAACAAUGAGAACAAUAACAACAACAACAUCGCACAACAUUCAUCAUCCACUCUAAAAGCAUCUGGGCUCGGCCCAACACAUUCUUUAAAUCUUACUUCACGCACCAACACCCGAACCGUUUUGACAUCAUCACGCAUCGUAUCCACGUCCGAAGCAACCACCAAAGCUUACACGGACAACUCACAGAAUCAAGACGAGCGAGUUGCACGACUUGAUAGGCGGAUGGUAGAUAAUCGGGCAGGAAGGAACAACAACGGCGGAAACGCAAAGCAGUUGCUCAAGACUGCAGCCAUGAACCAAACAGCUACAAAAGAGACCGAUGCCCGCGCCAAAGAACAGGAACGAGAGAAACAACGUCAGCAAGAACGCGAGAAGGCGCAGGCACAGAAAAAGCUGGAGUUGGAGAUGCAUUGGUGCGAAAACUGUAACAAGCGUUACUCCAAUCUGAAAGAGCAUAUACAAGAAAAGGCACAUCAGACAUUUGUACGUGAUCAAAACAACUUUAGACGCUUCGAUGAAGUGGUUGCCAAGUUGCGACGCCAGCAUAAAGCACAGAUACCUCCUCUUUCCACGCUGAAUCUUCCAGACUUUGACGGCAAAACCAAGGCCUUGAAGGAUGUAGAUAGUAGCAAUCAGCUGGAAACUCAUUUCAUGGAUAUCGACCACGAGCAUGAUCCAGUAAUGCAAACUGUGGGUGAAUAG